AGGACCUCACUGGCUGGUCAGAGGUACUCUGAGCUCUCACAGCUGCCCAAAGCCUCAGUCUGCCUCCUGCUGCUCUUGUCCGUGAGUGGUGAUGGAAAACCUGAGUGCUGCCACUGCCUCAGGCGGGGCUCUCUGGACCCUUCUCCUGGCCACACUGGGCUCCACUGCUGGCCAGCCGCUGGGGGAAGAGUCUGUCUGCACAGCCCGGCCUCUGGCCAAAUACAGCAUCACCUUCACCGGCAAGUGGAGCCAAACAGCGUUCCCCAAGCAGUACCCCCUGUUCCGGCCCCCUGCGCAGUGGUCCUCCCUGCUGGGGGCAGCUCACAGCUCUGACUACAGCAUGUGGAGAAAGAACGAGUAUGCGAGCAAUGGGCUGAGGGACUUUGCAGAGCGCGGCGAGGCCUGGGCACUGAUGAAGGAGAUUGAGGCAGCAGGAGAGAAGCUCCAGAGUGUGCACGCGGUGUUCUCAGCCCCUGCCAUCCCCAGUGGCACUGGUCAGACCUCCACGGAGCUGGAGGUGCAGCCCAGGCACUCGCUGGUGUCCUUUGUGGUACGCAUCGUCCCCAGCCCCGACUGGUUUGUGGGCGUCGACAGCGUGGACCUGUGUGAGGGAGGACACUGGAAGGAGCAGGUAGCCCUGGACCUUUACCCCCAUGAUGCAGGGACAGACAGUGGCUUCACCUUCUCCUCCCCCAACUUUGCAACCAUCCCACAGGACACGGUAACCGAGAUAACAUCUUCAUCUCCCAGUCACCCAGCCAACUCAUUCUACUACCCACGGCUGAAGUCCUUGCCUCCCAUUGCCAGAGUGACCCUGGUACGGCUCCGGCAGAGCCCCAGGGCCUUUUUUCCACCUGCUCCAGACUUGGCCAGCAGGGGCAAUGAGAUCGUCGACAGCCUCUCAGUUCCAGAAACACCGCUGGACUGUGAGGUUUCCCUGUGGUCAUCCUGGGGACUAUGUGGAGGUCCAUGUGGGAAGCUGGGAGCCAAGAGCAGAACUCGCUAUGUCCGUGUCCAACCUGCCAACAACGGGACCCCCUGCCCUGAGCUUGAAGAAGAGGCAGAGUGCAUCCCUGAUAACUGUGUCUAAAUCCAGA